CUUGACGAUGAUACUCUGAUGGCAAUGGUAAUAGAACGGUCGCGACAAGAGUAUAUUGACUCUUUGCGUACUAAGCGCCCUAGCCCACCUCCAAGUAUUAUUCCAUCGUCUAUGUCUUUCACUUAUUCCGAGGAUCGCGAACCCUCGGGGAGUCCGACCGAUGUGGAUCCUGAGGCCUUUACAACUGCUCCAAAUUCAACUAAUCGGUUGGAUGUCGGUUCGUCCACACUUGGCCCAGCCCCCUGCUCCGCUGCCUCUUGCAGGCAACCAGAGAUAGUUAAAUCUGAAAGACUUGGGCUGUCUCAGACCGGUCUCCCGCUUGCCUGUGAUGAUCAAUUUUCCUGGCUCUCACACAUAAAGGCCAAGGAUAAUCUCUCAAAGGACUAA